GAAAGGAAAAGGAAAUGGAACUCUUCCCUUCCCUGUCUGUCUGUCUUUCUCUCUUAAUUAUUCGCCAUCCUCUUUUCUCUCCAUCUCUCAAAGCGUUCGUUGCCCAUAAAUAGCAGUCCCCUCCGCCUGUUCGAUCACACGGAUCUCUCUCCCACCACCUUCCCCUUCCCAAGCGCCUUUCUCCUUCUGAGUCCGCCAUUGUUCCUUCUCUUGCUCCCAUUCUCGUUUCCCCGCCUCCAACCCCCACCUUCCCGUCCUAAGCAAAGGUAGCGAGAGCAGAAGGACGCCAGAAUGCAGAGGAUCAGCAGGAACAUCGUCCCUCUUGGCAGGCGAAUCUGUCGAUACCGGGACGCCGCGAGGUCCUUCUCCCAGGCCGCGCAGAGAGAACUGGACGACGCAAUCCCGAGGAUGCCAGACUUCGACUACACGCCCCUUCCCUACGACGGGCCCCCCGCCGAGGAGAUCCUCCGCCGCAGGAAGGAGUUCCUCAGCCCUUCCGUCUUCCACUUCUACAAGGACCCCUUGCAUCUUGUUGAAGGCAAGAUGCAGUAUUUGUUCGAUGCAAAUGGUCGCCGCUAUGUUGACGCUUUUGGGGGCAUUGCUACUGUAUCUUGUGGACAUUGUCAUCCGGAUGUUGUAGAAGCCAUUGUGAACCAAACGAGGCGUUUGCAGCACUCCACAGUUCUGUACCUUAAUAAUGCUGUCGCGGAGUUUGCUGAAGCAUUAGCAUCUAAGUUUCCUGGAAACCUAAAGGUUGUUUUCUUCACAAAUUCUGGAACGGAGGCGAAUGAACUUGCUAUGAUGAUUGCACGCCUGUAUACUGGUAAUCAUGAUAUUAUAUCACUUCGUAAUGCCUACCACGGAAAUGCAGCUGGAACAAUGUGCGCAACUGCCCAGUCUUGCUGGAAAUUCAAUGUUUCUGCACAAAGUGGUGUGCACCAUGCCUUGAACCCAGACCCAUACAGGGGCGUUUUUGGCUCAGAUGGAGACAAAUAUGCACAAGAUGUUCAAGAUAUUAUUGAUUAUGGAACUUGCGGGUGUGUUGCUGGAUUCAUUUCUGAAUCAAUACAGGGCGUAGGUGGUAUAAUUGAAUUGGCCCCGGGAUAUCUUCCUGCAGUAUAUGGCAUGGUCAAGAAAGCAGGCGGCCUCUGUAUAGCCGAUGAAGUACAGGCUGGUUUUGCCCGCACCGGUAGCCACUUCUGGGGAUUCGAAUCCCAUGGAGUUGUGCCGGAUAUCGUCACAAUGGCAAAGGGAAUUGGAAAUGGAAUUCCUCUUGGAGCAGUGAUUACCACUCCUGAAAUUGCUCAGGUAUUAACCCAAAGGAGCUACUUUAAUACCUUCGGAGGGAAUCCCGCAUGCACUGCUGGAGGCCUUGCUGUUCUGAGAGCAAUUGAGAAGGACAAGCUUCAAGAAAAUGCUCAUGUGGUCGGAUCUUACUUAAUUGAGCGCCUAAAGUCCCUCCAGGACAAGUAUGAAAUAAUCGGCGAUGUGAGGGGACGCGGGCUAAUGAUUGGUGUUGAACUUGUCACGGAUCGCCAAGCUAAAACUCCUGCAAAAGCUGAGACAUUGCAUAUUAUGGAUAAAAUGAAAGAUAUGGGUGUGCUAGUCGGGAAAGGAGGCUUCCACGGGAAUGUUUUCAGAAUCACUCCCCCUCUUUGCUUCACAAAGGAGGAUGCUGAUUUCGUUGUGGACGUCAUGGAUUACUCAAUGGCAAGGCUCUGAAUUCUUUGAAGCCAUCCACUUGUCUAUACAUCUAUUUGCCCAUCCUUCUACGAUCGCCUAUGUAUGAAUGUGUUUAUUUGAUCCUAUCAGACACUCCACUGCUUCUGCAAAAAGGAAAUAAGCUAAGCGCCCAUGAAAAAUGGAGGAGGUGAGACAGCAUCUCGUUGUCCCCCUUGUUCCCUACUCAUUGGGAACCUUGGUUGUGGCGGUGGGAGUUCAGGAGAGACAUCAGCUCGAUGUCUCUCUCUUCAAAAGCAGCCAGAUGUACCUCGAUGUGAAGCACCAUUGCAUUGAAUGCUUGUUAGUUUAUGAUGACUAUGGUUUUACGUGAUGAAAUUAUUUGGUUUCUGGUUA